AGACCGGGGCCGCCAGGCGGGGACAGGCCGGAGGGACGGGGGCCGGCAGGCGGGGAGAGACCGGGGCCGGCAGGCGGGGAGAGACCGGGGCCGCCAGGCGGGGAGAGACCGGGGCCGCCAGGCGGGGAGAGACCGGGGCCGGCAGGAAGGGACAGGCCGGAGGGACCGGGGCCUCCAGGCGGGGACAGGUCGGAGGGACCGGGGCCUCCAGGCGGGGACAGGCCGGAGAGGACCUGGAAGCUGGUGCGGAUCCGGGCUCGGAGGCCAUCGGUCCCGCCGUCGGGGUGUACAAAUGCGGACAGCCCGAGACAGGGGCGGGGGCGAUGA